CAGCUUCUUAGCAACAUGGCUUCUUCUUCCUCCUCCUUUCGGGUGGCCGCCACCUUGGCCGCGCUGCUGGCGGCCGUCUGCGUCCUCCACGCCGGCGGGGCGGCGGCGGCGGACCUGUGCGUGGACUACUACGACUGCACGUGCCCGGACGCGUACAAGAUCGUGCAGGGUGUCCUGGUGCAGGCGCACAAGUCGGACCCGCGCGUCUUCGCCAGCCUGAUCCGCCUCCACUUCCACGACUGCUUCGUGCAGGGGUGCGACGCGUCGCUGCUGCUGGACACCUUCAACGGGAUGGAGACGGAGAAGGACGCCAUUCCCAACAAGAACUCGGCGCGCCGCUACGACGUCAUCGACACCGCCAAGGCCGCCCUCGAGGCCGCCUGCCCUGGCGUCGUCUCCUGCGCCGACAUCCUCGCCAUAGCCGCCGAGAUCUCGGUCCAGCUGUCUGGAGGACCUGGGUGGAGCGUCUUGCUGGGGAGGCUGGACGGCUUCACGUCCAACUUUACGGAAGCCGGGAACCUACCAGGCCCAUUCGACGGCCUGAAAAACCUGACAGACAAGUUCAAACUCGCCACGCUUGACGGUACUACCGACCUCGUCGCUCUCUCAGGCGCACACACUUUCGGUCGUGUGCAAUGCCAGUUUGUCACCGAUAGAUUGUACAACUUUAAUGGGACGAACCGGCCCGACCCGACCCUCAGCCCGAGCUAUAGGGCCUUCCUGUCCCAGCGAUGCCCAAUGAACGGCAACGGUCAGUCCCUGAACGACCUCGACCCGACAACACCCGACAAGUUCGACAAGAACUACUUCACCAACCUGAAGGUGAAUCGUGGCUUCCUCCAAUCCGACCAGGAACUCAAGUCAGACCCACUCGCGGUGGGGACAACGGCGCCAAUCGUCGACCGGUUCGCGGGCAGCCAGGACGCCUUCUUCAAGGCCUUCGCAAAUUCCAUGAUCAAGAUGGGGAACAUAAGGGUGAUAACGGACCCCUCCAAGGGAGAAGUCCGGAAGCGUUGUGCGUUCAUCAAUUGAUAUUAGGGGGAGACCACGAGAGGAUAUACACUACAAGUGUGGGUGUGGCAUCUGAUGUGCGUGUGAUCAUGGACGUAAGGAUGAAUUCAUCUUUUAUUGUUCAGUGCAAUAAUUGGUAUGUGUGUCAACCAAAUGUACACAUUUCAUUCGUGCAUGCUUGUUGUCUGACCUGGAAUAAAGUCUAAAAAGUCAUUUCAA